AUGGCGAGCACAGCGGGAAACCCGCUCAGCGCAGGGUCGCUGGCCCUGUUCAUGGCCUCCAGCUUGCCGCGCCAUGCCUCACCCCAGAUCAAGAAUCCCUUCGAUGCUCUCGCUCUUGCUGUCCACGCUGGCAUGAUUGCCGUUGGCUUCAGGCUUAUCGGGCUCGGCGAAGACCACAAGAUUGACGCCAGCUCCGACGCUCAAGACCCUCACGCAUUACCCGCCGAGUGGAACGCCUCUUCGUCCUACGCCUUCCGCUACGCUCACGACCAGUCGUCAAUGGAAUACCUGGUGAAGGUCAAUAGGUUAGGCACAAAGGCCGUCGUUCUCGCCGUCGGCCUGGGUGACGACAAGACUGCUUCGUUUGAAGUCGUUGCCCGCGACUACGUCUCUGAAUCCUCUGUGCCUGCGACCCCCCUUCCUGGCUCUGAAGCAGCUAUCGACAACGCAUCCAAGAUCAUACAGGACAUUUUCAUCUCACCCGGUCGUCUGACUGACCUCGGCUCGCUGUUCAAACUUAGCGUGCUACAGAAGGUCGCUCCAGGCCUUCGCAAGGAAGGUUACCAAGAAGCUGCAUCGGCAGAAGGCGCCAGCACCGACAACAGAGGUGGCAGAAACAACAACCCGCCUCUGCGUGGCGACCCUAAUGCUCCAAGCUACGAUCCACUGCGCGAAGAUCCGCAGCCUCCUCCUGCACGUCCACACCCACUCGAUGAUCCACUUGCUGAGCCGCCCCGUCGACCACUCCCUGCUGGAGACUUCCCUCCCCCAGGUUUUGAGGACGAGUAUGAGAUAAACCGUCCGGCUCGUGGUAUGCCUGGGCGCGUUCCACUCGGCCACUAUGGCGAGUCGGAUUUGUAUCCAGCCGGACUGGGUCCGCAUGAUCCUAUGAACUGGGGUGGUAUUGGUGGUGGUAUCAGAGGAGGACCCACUGGAGGCAUGCAUCCUACUUUCGAUGACCCGCUGUUCGCAGGUCGCGGCGGACGCGGUGGGGGAUUUGAUCCUCAAGCUCCACCCGGCGCACGCUACGAUCCAGUGAACCCGGGCGACCAGCCGAGGGAUCCUCUGCGUGGGGGAAGAUUCCCGGGCGGUGGUGGCUUUGGAGGAGGCUUUGGAGGAGGUGCACCGCCCAACCCGUUCGGGGGCUUCAACAAUAGUGAUUUCAUCUGA